AUGAAGAAAGACGCGACUAGCUAUAAGUUCAAAUGCUAUUAUACUGGAAUGAAUAGCAAACCCCCAAGAAAACAUUAAAAAGAUCUCUAUUUUUAAGCAAGGAGACUUAUCUUCUUUUAUAUUAUUAUACUUUAUUGCAAUGAAUAAGCAAUUUCCUUUUGUUUUCCUUAUCCUAUUUUCAGAUAAUAAAUAGUAUAUCAGGUAAUCAAUAAAUUAAAUUUCACGGUUAAUCUGGCCAUAAGCGGGCAACUCAAUAGCCUUUGCUUCGUCUCGGCUCCAAAAGAGCAGACUUCAUUGAUCUCGGAGUUUAAAAUAGGAAAUUGAAUGCCGCCAUAUUUAAUUUCCAACCUGAACCACCUAUUUAGGAUUAACUCCCUUGGGCAGGACCACCAUUUGAAGUUUGCCCUGCUGAUCCCAACAAGGAGGACCAUGUGAUAGGCAAAGCCUGUCUAUCCCAUCUGGCACAGGAAAACAUUUGGACAAGAAGCAAAACUUCCUCUUCGGCAAAGCAUCCCAAGCCUGAAGGCCUACUUCAAAGGGACAGAGGCCCUGCUUUCAGCUUCAUCAGGAUGGACUCUUCCUGGUCAAAUUCACUAUUUUAUUUCUCGCUAGCCAAUAGUAAUGCUUUUAUUUAUAGUAAUUAGGUAUAAUAUAAAAUAGAAUAUACCAAUUGCGAUAAGGCUUAUCUGACGAAAUAUCAUCUGCGUCGUCAUAUAAACGCCGCCCACCUUCAAAUAAAGAGCUUCGUUUGCUCUCAGUGCUCAAAAGCUUUCUCCAGUAAACAGAAUUUCAAGGAACACGAACUUCUCCAUGCAGCUAAUAAAAAUUCUCCAAGCAGGACCGAUAUGCUCAAGCCUUUGUCUUCUCCAAGUGAAACAAAAGCAAGAUCUUUGCUCUCUCUGCUGGCUAUUAUUUCUCACCAGCAAGAGGAGCCAGUCAAGCCCACAAAAUCGAAUGCGAGGAAUAAGCCAAUGCCUGUACUUCCUCCUGUAGACUCAGAAAGACAAAGUCAAUGGGGAUUAAUAAAAAUCCCUAUCCUGCCAAUCCUAUUAAGUUAG